CGCCUUUUCCCUCCCGGGCACGAGAGGCGAGAAGCGAAAGCGAGGCGGGGCAGGCUCGUCUCCUCCAGGCAGGCGGGCGGAGCAAGCCUUGGCCAACCCCCGGAAGUCUCCGGCGAAGCGGAGGCGGAGCUGCCUUGUCGCCGGCGCCUUUCUCCUCCUCCUCCUCGGUGCGCGGCCAAGAGGCACGGGGGUGGCGGGCAGGUGAGGGCGUCGCGUGCGCUUCCCGAGCCGGAGGAGGAGCUGCCGGUGCCGGCUGCUCCUUGCUUCUCCGCUGCGCCCUCCCACGCUGCUUCCUGCCUGGGCCACCCGCGGGCCAUGCGGCCGAGCUGCGGAGCCCUCCUCUUCCUCCUCGGCGGCGGCGCCUGCAGGCUGCGAGGCGUGAGAAGAGGCGCCUCCUCCUCCUCCUCCUUCAUGUGCUAGCGACGUCGCGAAGCCCAGGAGCCGGAUCUUCAUUUCUUCUUCUUUCUUUCUUUCUCCCUCCCUUUUUUAAAGUCAGCCCAACUCUGGCCGAAAAGAUGCUGCUGUCGCUGGUGCUGCACACCUACUCCAUGCGCUACGUGCUGCCCACCGCCCUGAUGAUGGGCACCGCGCCCACCUACGUGCUGGCCUGGGGCGCCUGGCGCCUGCUCUCCACGCUGCUCCCCGCGCGCGUCUACCACGAGGUGGAUGACCGGCUGUACACCCUCUACCAGAGCAUGGUGCUCUUCUUCUUCGAGAACUACACCGGCGUGCAGGUGAGGGCGGCUGCUGCCGGGGGCGGGGGGGCUGGCGGAGGCGCCACGCCUCCUUAGGGGGGGCUGGGGGAGAUAGGAACCCACCCCCUUGUCACCUUUCUCUCCACCACCUCGCGUCUCUGGAUGCCAAGGCGGAGAGGGACUCGGGCAACUUGGCUACAGGUGGGCGAGGCUGCGCGCAGGUGAGCGAGCGGAGGCAGGGGCUGCGCCUUCCUCGCUGCGCUCUCUCUCUCCCUCCCUUCCCAGCAGAGAGGGGGUUGCCCCCUCGGUUUGCUCAUCUUCCCAGGCUCUGGGUGGCCUUGCAGGUGGGAGCGAGCCUUCCCAGGCAGCGCUGGGGCUCUGCCUACUUCCUCGAUGCUGGUAACACCUAGGUUGAGUACAGCACAGUUAAGGUUGCGCACAGCAAGCCGAAUUUGCACUGGGGAGACAGCAGAGUUUCCUUCGGGAGGGUGGGGGGAAAGGGACCCUGAUUGGGGUCACAUUCGACCUGUGGAAUGCCUUCCCACCAGAUGUCAAGGAAAUAAACAACUGUCUGACUUUCAGAGGGCAUCUGAAGGCGUACAGGGAAGCUUUUAAUGUUUGAUGUGUUUUUGUUGGGAGCUGCCUGGAGUGGCUGGGCAAACCCAGUCCAUAGCUGUCAACCUUCCCCGUUUUUGUGGGAAAUUCCCUUAUUCCAGUGCUGUUUCCCGCUGCUAUCCCAGAUUGUUAGAUAUCCCAUAGACUGUCCCCGGCACAGGUGAGGCUGCUAAUCCCUUAUUUUCGAGGCUGCUGAUCCUUUAUUUUCAAAUCUGAAAGUUGACAGCUAUGACCCAGUCAGAUGGGCAACAUAUAAAUAACAAAGGUGGCACAGUUGGUCUAGUCUUCCUUGUAACUGUGGCUCCCAGAAAGAGGUGACCUACCAGAGGCAGUGGCUUACCUGCCAUGCCCCUUUGAGUGGCACGUUCAGUCUGAUGUACCCAGCCUGCUGCUGUCCCAUUGUGACGGUGCACUUCUGCCAUUCCUUUCUGGCUAGUACAUCACUCGGAGGGUGAGUGAUCGAGGAAGAGAGGUAGCUGUCAGGAACAGCCCUGCCUCGACUUGCUCUCCACUCUCUGUGGGUGGUAGAGCAGGGAGGAAUCUCAGCCUGUUGAACCCAGUUCCAGGUUGCACAACCUAGAGAGGCUGGCAAGCGAGCAGGUGGGAAAUGAGCAGAGGUAGCAAGGAGCAACAGUCAGCUCUUCCUUUCCACCUCCAUGCCUGGGCUGGGCUCUAUUCUCAGCACAGAGAGAGGGCAGUUGAAUAAGGAUUGCUGGUGCUCUUUUGCAAAGGCCACUGUUUACCCACGUUGGUAGGUGAGCAGGUGAACAAACAGUAUCUGUAUUGACAACCUUUGCCUUUUUCCAGCAAGACCUCCACCUCUCUAGGGUUAAAGGGGAGGAGCAGACUCUUCCACCCCAGCAGAGUCCGAGCCUUCCAAGAUUACUCCUGCCAACUUUGGCGGUUGUUUAUCAUCUGCAGGAGACUAUCUUGACUUGUCUGGGACCUUGUAAGUUGCCUUACCAUCCACCGUACUGUCUAACUGGCACUCGGGAAACAAGUGCAGGCCUCCUCCCAACUAGAGAGUGAAAGGGGAAUAACGCAAUGAGGAUUCUGUACACCUUAAAGACUUAAAGGGUUUAUUGUGUCAUAAGGCUUUGUGAACUUGGCCAGUGAAAGCUGGCCAUUGUAAACCUGCCAGCCUUUAAGGUACCAUGCCUGGUGUUAAGUCUUAACAGAAUAAUAUGGUUGCCCUUCUGGAAUUUGACAUAGAGGAAUAUAAAAGGAAAAGGUAUGAUAUUGCAUGUUGCUCAUCAAGGUACCACGCCUUUUUAAAAGGUGGUGUUUUGUGCAUCUCUGGUUGGCCGCACUCAACUGCAGCUACACUGGUUCAGACAACAUGCUUGAAACGGUGGUUCGUGCAUAUACGUUGAAUGGCAGAUCUUCAAUAGUGGCUGUGACGUGAAUACGGCACUAGAAAGGGCUAUCCUUCUGGACUGAAAGGUAUCCCCUGAGUGGGGAACCUGUAGCUUCUCAGAUGUUGCUGAACUACGUGCUUCCAUCAUCCUUGACCACUGACCAUGCUGAUCGGAGAGGACUGGAGUUCCACAGUGUCUGGAGGACUGCAGGGUCCCUGUAAUCCUUUGAAUGGCUUGGUAUUUGAGCAAAUUAUGCAAGUAUGGUCCUUCCUAGCUGUCUUUGCCACCCAUCUAAGGAAAGGCAUAGACGUAUGAGCUCUCUGUGAACAGUAAAAGGUAAAGGUGAAGGUACCCCUGACCGUUAGGUCCAGUUGCGGAUGGCUCUGGGGUUGUGGCGCUCAUCUCGCUCUGUAGGCCAAGGGAGCCGGCGUUUGUCCACAGACAACUUCCGGGUCAUGUGGCCAGCAUGACUAAGCCGCUUCUGGCAAACCAGAGCAGUGCACAGAAAUGCCAUUUACCUUGCUUUCGAACUGCUAGGUGGGCAGCAGCUGGGACCAAACAACAGGAGCUCACCCCAUCACGGGGAUUCGAGCCGCCAGCCUUCUGAUCGGCAAGUCCUAGGCUCUGUGCUGUAGACCACAGCGCCACCCACAUCCCUGUGAACAGUAGACUUAAAUAGAUCCAUAAAUCGGCAGUCCCACUUCUCUAAUUAGGCAUUGUGGUUUGACUUGUCCCUUGUUGUAGCACUCCAUGUUGUUACCUGUUGCUUUCUAAUGUGAAACAAGGAUAGGUUUAACUUGCUGUGAACUUCCAGUUAACAUUCCAUCCAAGCCCAUAUAUUCAACAUCAGAAGGAGGAGUUACUUCUACAUGGCUUUGGUGCACCCAACUGAAACUUUUCUGUCUCUUCCUCCAAUUUCAUUUAGUAUUUAAACUGUUGAAACUCUUAAAGAUGCUAAUAAGAGUUCAAUUUGCAGAAUUUUUCAACAACUUGUGUUGCAUGUUUUCUUCCCCGAGUUGUGCUACCUAAGCCUGAUAUCUAGAGGAUGACUUCUAGUUUCAUUCUAAACCAUCAGUUCAUCAUGUGGUAAAGCUGUUCCUAGGCCGUACCACUUUGGAUUGUAAGUGGGGAAUUGCACGAUUCAAUGGUCUGUUCCCCACUUGAAAGCAAAACAUACUAACAAUGACAAAGAGAUUAAUUUCAGUCAAGCUUAUCUGUUUCACAUGAUGGUUUGGGGCCAGGAUUGGGAGUUGUUGUUUUCUCACUGGUGGUACAUUUGAUCAUACAAUUCCAUACCUGCAACCUGUCAGUACAUUCAUUCCAAAGACAGUUUUAUUAAAUAAUAUAAGCUAUAUUACUCUUAAAAGUCCAUUGGCUUUACAUUAUGCCUGUCGCUACACCAAGUGCCUGCUUGAUGUCUUAAAAUGUCUUCACCAAACUACGCGUGCUAACAGAAGCAGCAAAUCCUUUCCACUGAUGAGAACUACCAGUUGCUAUGUAUUACAGUGUAGUUUCCCGAUCAUAAACUAGAAUGGCUCCCUAAACUAAAAGCUGCUUUUAAAAAUGAGAGAUUUGACAGCGUAUCUUUACGGCAAGUGCAUGUAUUUUCGUUGGAGAUCUGGAAGUGAUAACUUUUUUUGGCUGCCGAAACAUCUGAGGGCCGAACCUCAAGGAUCGCCUCUCCCCAUAUAAACCGACAAGGACCUUGCAAUCAUCACCUGAGGCCCUUUAUUUGUGUGUCUCCAUGAGAGGCCCAAAGCGUAACAACAUGAGAAUAGGCCUUUUUUGCAGUGUCUCCCUGCUUGUGGAAGCUCGCCUGGCUUAUAUAUCUUUAUAUAUCUUUAGACGCCAGGGAAAAACAUUCCUCUUCCCUCAGGCCUUUGGCUAAUUAAACAUCUAAUUAAAUCUAAGGCCUCUUAAAUUGGGCUGGGACCCAGGGAUAUUGUUUCUGGGUUUUUUAAUUAUUAUUUUAUAUAUUUUUGUGUUUUUGUAAAUCUCCCUGUGAUCUUCGGAUGAAGGGCAGUAUAUAAAUUUAAUGAAUACAUAAAAAUAAAAUAAUAAUACGUUUAAACAAACAAGCAAACAAAAAUCUUUUUAGAUGAAUGCUAAAUGGGUUGGUAGUAUCCUGAUCUUUGGACAUGCCAGUUUGGAAGCGAGUUCCAAGGAAGCUUGUAGUCGGCCAAUUGUAUUUAGGCAAAUCUUUUCAAGAUCAACUGUUCAUUUCAGCACUGUUGCCAGCAAGCAGAUGUUUCAAACUAAGGGUACCAAACUGAUGUUAGAUGGUCCUUUCAUUGAGUAUGCUUGACUAAACUAGUCAUCCAGAGGUCAAAGACUUCUGCAUCCUGUUAAACUUUUCAGUUUUGUGCUUAAAGUACUUUCAUUGCUUUCUCUUCAUUCAUGAGGUAAUGUUUUCCUGUUUCCUCCCCUGCCAUUUCUAUCUUUAUGAUGAUAGUAAAAUAAAAACCCAACCCUCUCUCACUUGUGUACCUUACCUCAAUCAGGUUGUGUUAAGAAAAAUAUAUUUUACAUAUUUGGAUCCUGUUUGCUUUAUAAAUAUGCAUACAUGUUUGCUACUAAUUCCACAGGAAGAUCGGGAGAGUGUGCUAAAGGGGUUUUCAUCUUUUAAAAGGGAUUUCAAAGAUGGAAGCUGGGUCUCUGUUUAAAGCAUAAUACAUUCCCUCACGUGAAAUAAUUCCAUUAUUUUCACAUGUUGGUUCUUGAACUGAUCAAGUACUGAUUGUUACAUAGAAACACUUAAGACAAUGUCUGCUGCUAUCUUUUUACUGUUGCUUCAAUGGGUAUUGCGUAUGACUUUUGCUGUAAUUGUAUUUUUAUUUUUUUUUUGUAAACUGCUUUGAAAUUCAUUGGAAUAAAUAGCAGCCUAGAAAUACUAUGAAUCAAAUCAGUAUUAAGACUUUACCUGAACCGCACUAACAUGAACAUGUCAUGAUUUUGCAAGAUAAACUUUUUCUCUCUCCUCUCAUUGUAAAAGAAUGAUUGCAUGUAAGAGUACACUUUUAUAAGCCAAUUUAGUUGUACAUCCCUUCAGUUUCAUAGACUCAGGUGAACGCUUAAGUUAUACAUGGUCAUUGUGACGUCAGUAAAGUGCCACAUAAAGUCAUGGGUAGAUUAAGUUGGGGCAUCAAGGUGAAAGAAAGGGAAAAGGUAGUCCUGUCAUAAUGUGGGAAUUGUUAAAUCUUCUCUCUCAAGAGUUUAAAUAAAAGAAAGCUUGAUCCUAGGUUUUGUUGGUGUUCUUCAGGCUGUUAAAUCAAGUACCUUUUUUCUUUCCUAGAUAAUUCUGUAUGGCGAUCUGCCAAAAAAUAAGGAGAAUGUGGUAUAUAUAUCAAAUCAUCAGUGUACAGGUUUGUAUGCAAUUUCCUUACCUGUAAGAGUUUUUUAAUUAAAUAAUUUUUAAAAGCAAAAACAAAAAGUGUUAAUAUAACCACUGAGAAUGAAAUUCUCUAGAUAUAGAUAGAUACUUGGGAUUGCAUGUUAAGAUUAAAUAAACAAAAAUACACGGUAUGAUCCUGAUAGAUGAGCAGGAUAAUGGGUCUUUUAAGCUGUUUCUUUGCAAAACAGCCCCCACAUGCUUCCUAACAAGGUGCCUCGAAUUUGGAAGUGCUUUUGAACCAACACAAACAGUUGUAUCCAAUGGCGGCUCUUGCACAAAGCAAGACACCCAUUGGUUUUUUCCAGUCCUGCUCAUGGCCGCCCACUGAAAUGCCACCCCUAAGCUUGGGAGGAACCAAUGGAAGAAGGUAUUGUAACGCUCAAGAGGGAUGCAGUAGGAUUGGUGAAAAAUGGGGGGGGGGGUUCUGCCUUUCAUGAGCAAAAGUGAUUUCCACUGGAAAUCUGCGUACAGUGUUCAGUUUUAAUUGUGUGCUGCUCAUUUUUUGCCAAGUGUCUAAUAUCUGUUUUGAACUUGGCUGAUUGGCAAAUUAUAUUACGCCACUUUUCCAUGUAUAAGACAAUUUUUAAAAUUAUAAAUUAAUGUUUGAGUGAUUCUCAGCAAUCCCCCCCCCCAAAAAAGCUCAGCAACUCUCAACUCUUUUUUAAAUUUGGAGUCCCCAAAAAUAGGGGUCGUCUUAUACAUGGGGGCGCAUUAUACACAGAAAAAUGUGCUAAAUACUGGAACCCUGGGGGGUGAUUUCAAGAAGUCCCAUUAAUUCUAGUUCUUCUGAUUCUGGUUUUAAGGGCACACUACUUAACACGAAGGUGUGUUUCUGGUUCGUUGUCUGUUGAGUCAGUGUUUCUCACCAGAUCCUUCAAGAUACGAAUCUAUUCUUGUUGGCAGGAGAUUAAAAGUUAUGUAGUGGUAUUAUGCAAACAGUACAAGCUUUGUUUAAAAAAUGAAGAAAUGUGUGCUAAAAUACUAAAGAGUAAUAGGGGAAUAUGAUUGUGGAAAGAACUUACCUUGCAUUGCCACUGACUGCAGUUCAUCUUUCAUGUUCAUAAGCACUAGACGAGCAUUAAAUAAUGUUGGGAAGGAUUUUGACAUUAACCUAGGGACAUAAAUGUUUGAGUUUUGUUUGUUUGUUUUGCAGUUGACUGGAUUAUAGCAGAUAUGUUGGCCGUCAGGCAAAAUGCUCUGGGACAUGUUCGAUAUGUUUUGAAAGACGGGUUAAAGUGGCUUCCUUUAUACGGGUGGUAUUUUUCUCAGGUAAAUCCUAAUCCUUUCUCCACGUCACAUGAAAUAACUAGUACUUUCUGCUAAAUUUUGACAUGCCUCAAUCCUGAGCAUAUUUACUUGAAAGUAAAUCCCAUUUAUUUCAGUAAAACUUAGUCCCAAGUACUGUAAGGCAUGCUUGAAGUCAGGUCCAUGCAAUGAUUCCGUCUUGAUAAUGUGUUUUUGUUUCAUAUUUGAAACAGAAUAGUGAAACUUCAACUCUUUCUAGUUAGCAGAUUUUAUCUGGUAGGGUUAGGAGGGUAUUUUUGGCUCUCCAGUCAGGUGUUUAGCAAACUAAAAGUACUCACUGAACUUGGGACAAUGCCCGCUAAGAUGCAAAAACCACGUGUCCAUGUCCUACACGAUUAACAGUGCAAUUCUGGCAUUUAUUUAUUUAUUAGAAGUAAGUGACAUGGAGUUCUCAGGUAAGUGGGUCCAGGAUGAACCCUAAGACAAUUUCGAGCGUACUGAAUUGAGUCCCACUGAAUUCAGUGGUGUUGACUUCUUAGUAACCAUAUAUAGGAUUGCAUUUGAAACAUUUAUCCUUUAGUUAAAUUAGUUACGUAUUUCAGUCUGGCUCUAAUCACAUUUUAGUCCUGGGUUUGACUCAGUGCAUGGACUGUGUUUAUUUAUGGGAUAAUAUCCUUGCUGUUGCACAUAUUCAUAACAUGUUAGCAAAAUUGGGUUGUGUUUCCAAAGAAAGCAAGAAUAAUUUGAUAGAUGUCUGCAUAUGCUAAAAUUCGCUGAAUUGUGGCUUUUAUGUCUUUGUCACCGUGAAGUUUCUGAUUAAAAAAAAAAACAAGUAGCCCUUUUAUGUCAAUGACUUGAUUUAGAUAUGUUCUUAUAUUUUCUUAUUCUCUUUCCUUUUUGCUUUUUUGCUCCUCUAGUUGAGCUUCAUAUGGAUUUUAUCCUAGUAGGCUAUCAGGGUGAUCUAGUGAGCUGUGUUCCAUUAGACACAAUAGUUGAAAUUCAGAAGAUCUUUGGGAGACAAGGGGUAGUGUUUCUCACUAGGUGAGUGUGGUUCCAUAUCUAAACUCGUGACAUAUAUUUUUAGCAGAGAGAGAUAAGAGCUAUAAUGACAGUUUUCCACUUCUCUGCAUAUGGUCCCAUAAUUCACAUCUUGUGUCACGAAAGUCACAAGAUGUUGGUUCGCAGAUGCAAAAACACAAGCUGCAUAGCACAUACCUCCAUUUUUCGAACGCCACUCUAUACAAUCACUUUAAAUGAAUGAACCCCUUAUAUAUUUUGGAGUUGCUUUCUGCUGCCAGGCGGGGAUGAGGGGUAGAAUUUUCAUACAUUAGUUUCUUGUAGGUUCCCCUUUGUCAUUCGUUCAGACUAGGGCUGCCAUACAUCUGGACAUUACCGGGAUUUCAGAUGCGGAUUUGAUGUCUGGGAGGCGGGAUUUCCGAAAGGCGGCACUUUGUCCUGGAUCUUAGGCAAGUCAAUCGGAAAAAACCCUUUGAAAUAUGGCAACUCUAGUUCAGACCAGGUAGUGACUGAUCUUCCAUGGGUGUGCUGCCAUAGAAAAUAUUAAUUAUCAGGGUGAGUUGUGUUUUGCCAAAUCCAAUGUAUGAAAUGGCCACCAUAAGAAUCACUUCAAAUGUUACUGCUUCUGUGUGAAGGCCACUCAAAAAGUUGGGAGUAGAUCCCUGGAGAGAUCCAGCCUGAUCUAUGUGGUCAGUAAACUGGGAUUAUUCAUAUGGUCACCCUGGUGGUAAGUAACCGUACACAUGUUACAGUUCCCCCAUGGAAUCCUUUUUUUGGUUGCCUUGUCUUAAGAACCACAACGUUUGACUCAGACCUACAAGUUUGGUGCAUGGAAAAUAGGUUCUCCCUGGAGGAAGCUUUCAAUUGCUCUUCAUGGCUGUUGCUUCUGUGGUAAAAUCUCACCCUGCGUGUUCAUAAACUAUGUGACUGCUCAUUGAGUGUGUCACCGUGUGGAUUGAAAAGCUUGAGAAAUAAGAUUGGCUACUUUUCUCCAUAGCAAUAAGUUUAAAAACAAAACAAAAAACUUAUUACGGGCAUAAGAAAAUUGACUCCUCUGUAUGACAAGCGCUUCAGAGAAUGAUUUUCUAAGUCAUUCCCACAUGGUUGUUAGUUGGUAUGCGCCAGCAUUUGAUCUAGCAGGUGCACUGAGAGAAAAAUGGACCUUUGGUACCUCAUGGUAAACAAUAUGGCAUGAACUGCAGUCAUUUACUUGCUGGUGUACAAAUCAGGCCUUGAGUUGAACCAGUGAAGUUGUUUUCCUUUGGCAUAAAUAAUAAUAAAUAAUAAAUAAAUUUUUAUUUAUGUCCCGCCCUCCCCAGCCGAAGCCAGGCUCAGGGCGGCUAACAACAAUAAAACAUUUUAAAAUCAUUUCAUUAAAAAAUUACUUCAAAUCAAAUUGAUGGCAACCAUUGGUAGAGUUCUGUGAAGAUUGCCAAAGGAGGGAGUCAGGCUGUGCCCUGGCCAAAGGCUUGGCGGAACAGCUCUGUCUUGCAGGCCCUGCGGAAAGAUGUCAAGUCCAGGGAACAAGGAAGGACAGCAUUGUUUUUACAUUGCUUCUUUUCCCUUGUUUCUCAAUACAGGUGCUGCAACCAUGUCCAAUUUAUCUGUUUCACUCCAGAGAUAUUGAGUGAUUUGCAGAUUUUUUAAAAUCUUGCAAUAAAAUCCAAAAAUUAAAUAGUCCCACAAAUCCUCGAACUGCUUUAAUAGUUCAUAGGUUUUCCCCAAAGAAUUCUGAGAACUGUAGUUUUAGGUCCUCACAGACCUAAAAUUCCCAGCAUCCUUAACAAACUACAGCUCCGAGGAUAUGGUUCCCCACCUUUUCUUGUCCAUGCCCCUCACCUAAGCAUCUCUGAAAUCCUGAUCCCCCCCCCCGUGACAUAUAAUUCUUAUUAUUCAAAAAGUGAACUCCUGUUUACAUGGAGGAAACUAAAAGGCCAUUAACUUGCUCUAACUCAUUCUCAAAUUGCCCCCCUUGAAAAUCAAACUGCCCCCUGUGGGGCCUGUGCCCCACGUUGGGAACCACGGCUUUAGAGGAAUUCAUGUGCUUUAAAUGUAUGGUGUGGUUGUGACCUCAGGAAGUGGUUUUCAGGACACCCCGUGGCUAUGUAUUUUUCAUCCUCGGGCUGAGACCAAAUUGUCCUCCUCCUCCUUGCUCUGUAGCCGUGUGAUAGCAGAUUAUUUCAUCAGAAUAAUGCUCUUGUUGUUUUCUGGAAGGGAAGAGGCAGCAAAUUAGCAACGCAAGAAGAGCCCUCCUGGAUCAGGCCGAAGGCCUGUUUAGUCCAGAAUUCAGUUUCCCACAGGAAACAACCAGCAGCUGUUGGUUUUCUUGCCAGUGGCUAUCACCAGACUGAAAAUGCCCAUUCCUGGAGCUCCCUCUCCUCUUGGAAGCAACCCCCUUCCUCCUGACAAGUGACUAAGGCCAGGUGGUUCUUCUCCUGUCUUCUGCAAUCACAGUAAAUGAUUCUACUUGCUGUCAUUAUAGGAUAGGUAUUUUGUUUACUCCCCAUAGUUGUUCAAGAUCAUUCAUCCGCCAUUUUCCCAGUUAACUUCCAAAAAAUACUAGUCUGCAGUCUUAUUCCCAUGGAUGAUGAGGUGAUAAAAAGCUGGGUUUUCCUUUAGAUUAGCUGUUCUCAACCUGUGGGUCCCCAGAUUUUGUUGGACUACAACUCCCAUCAUCCCUGAGCUCUGGCCUUGCUAGCUAGGGGUGAUGGGAGUUGUAGUUCAACAUCAUCUGGGGACCCACAGGCUGAGAAAGGCUGCUUUAGAUCAUGGGUUGUGGAUGCUUUUCAUGCUGCAAAUAGGAGAAUUCAGUGGACACCUUGGCCAACAUUCAGUGUUGCAAAUCACAGUCUGCAAAUUAUGGCACUUAAAGGUAUUUAAGGGGAAAUUCUAUUGAUAAGGAUAUGCAAAGUAUGUGGAGUCAGUUGGCAGGUAUUCUUUUUUAAAAAAAAAAAUUCUCCCUGACAUGCCAAAUGGUACAAAAACAAAACAAAAAACCACUUCCUCCUCUUCCUGUUGAUACUGUGUUGGUGAUGUCACUCGCACUCCACUAAAACUUUCCAGUGACAAUUAAUUACAGAAUUGUGAUGGAAUGCAUAUUUCCUACCUCAGAUAAACAUCCUGUUGUGGAAUAUAUGUGUGUAGGAUCUGAGUAUGUAGAAAGCAGAACACAACUUUUAAGGAAAACAUGCUAGUAAACACGUCUGUAUGCUUCCUCCCCAAGCACAAAACACACUCUUAAAGCAUUAGAGAAUAAAUAUGAAAAAGCUAAUAUGGUAUUUAUCAGCUUCUUGGAAAUGUAUUCCAACACUCUAUUGAUUCUCAGAUUAAUGUUGAUUCCCAGAAAAGUCCUACAUACACAACACAGUGCCGUGAAGUGAACAUGUAUGUAGAUAAAAAGUAAUAGCUUAGAAUGUGGCAGAAAAAUAUCACCUGAUCCACCUGACUCUAUAGAAAACUGAUCUCUCAGUUGUAAACAUUUUUACUUGGAAGGAAGGCCUGGGGAUUUCAGUGGAAUUUAGAACUUGAAAACAUGUAGUAACUUCAUCAGAGGUGAUGGUUUUAACAUUUGUUCUUUGUGAGAUACGUUAUAGCUCCCUGUAAUUAUUUUGUUUCAACCCUCUACUUCUUGUUAUUACAUGCUUUACCCCUAUAGCUGGUCAAGCCCAUUUAUAAUAAGUUUCCUAUAUUAAAAGUUAGGGUUGUGUUUGGCAAAGUCAUAGAGUAAAUCCAUGGACGUGAUAAACUUAAGUCCUUUGAUUUCAGUGGGUCUGCUCUGAGUUUGACUUAAUCAGAUACAAUCCAGUAUUGUAUGUGUGCCUGUUGCUUUUCUCUUGAGUAGGCAUUGCAUGCUGAGCCAGCUGUCUUUGUUUUGCAGACAAGGGCUGCUGAAUGCUUUGAAGCAGUUGGCCAAGCUUGAAAUUAGGGAACAAAGCGAUAAAGCGAUUAAACAUUAGCAGCUUUUCAUCUUAAUUGAUUGUAAUAAUCAUUUUAUUACUUGUAUGUGACACCUGAGGUCUGCUAUAAUCCUGAUUCUGAGGCAAUCCCUGUUGUAUUCUCUACAUCAGCCUUUCUCAAGCUUGGGUCCCCAAAUAUUGUUGGACGGCAACUCCCAUCAUUCCUAGCUAGCAGAACCAGUGAUGUUUGGAGUUGCAGUCCAACAAUAUUUGGCAACCCAAAGUUGGGAAAAGCUGUUAUGUACUAAACAGGCCACAUCUAUGCCCAGUUCUGGGUGCUGUAAUUUUAAGGAAGACAUUGACAAAUUGCAGCAUCUCUAGAGGAUGGUGACAAAGAUGUUGAGGGAUAAGAAUUGCAAUUUAUUCAACCUAGAGAAGACUACAGCGAGUCGUGAUGGCUGUCUUCAAAUACCUGAAGGACUAUCAUGCAGAAGAUAGAACAGUUUUGUUCUCUGUUGCACCAGAGUACUGUACCAGCAGGCUGGGGAAUAGAAUCCUUUAAUGCCAUACUUGAAAUGUAACUCUUUUUUGUUAACUUGGCACAAUAGGGCAUUUUAUUAAUUAACUGUUAUGGAUGUGUUCAUGAACUCAUUACAACUGCUUCUUUUAAGUCAAGGCAUCUGGUAUUAAUUGAAGCCAUCGGCCUUUCCCUUUCCUUCUCUCUCCUUUCCAUUUUGCACUUGGGGAACCAGUUCAAAAAUUAGCCAAUGUAUCGGCAGUUCUGAAAAUGGGUUGCAUUCAACGUAGUACUAAAUAGUGCUUUGCACAAAUAAAACAGCUUCUUCUUCUCCCCCCCCCCCCCCGCAAUGCCUCACCCCUAAAUCUGUUCUGGAUUUCCUCCCUCCCCUAAUCUUCCAGAGCAGAUUUGAGAGAGGAUAGCCCAGGCUGGGGAUGGGAGGUGGAGUGCAGAUGGAGUCCCAUUGCACACUCAUAAGUUAUUGCACACUCUUGCAUUUAUUUAGUUGCUUACUGCCCACUGGUUUAAAAUAUUUCUAGCUUAUAUAGUGCCCCCUUUUUUGGUUUUAUUUCAUUGAAAGCAUGUCUAUAAACAUAAAUGUGGGCGUGUUCAAAGGUGGGUUGCUUGGUUUAACAGCAUUUUGUAGUGUGACUAUGCGUACAUCUAGCUCAGGAGUCGGCAACCUAUGGGCCACAAGCGGCCCAUGGGGGUCAUUUAACCGGCCCAUGGACCCCCGCCACCUGCUUGGUUGGCUCCCGUGUGCAGGAGCUUCCUGCAGCCAAUGGGAAGCUGCGUACGCCUCCUCUGUGCCAGAAGGAGUGCCGGAAAUAGUUUUUGCACAUGUGUGCGCACACUCCGGCCCACCGCGGUGUCUGCGGGACCGUGAACUGGCCCAAGCCACAAAAACUUUGCCGACCCCUGAUCUAGCUGAUAUUAUUUGCUUUGUAUUCCAUUGGGGGAGGGGGAAAUAUCAUACUUAAAUAACUUUUUCUUGGAAUGUUUGAUUAGCUGUGCUUUUAGAAGAAUAUAACCUAGGUAUAGUUCAUGAAGCAUAACUUGAAAGUGUGCUCCCAUUUACGUUCCAUCUGCACUCUGCAUUUAAAGUAGUAUUACAGUCAUACCUCUAGUUGCGUUAGGUUCACGUUGCAUUUUUUUCUUAUUACAAACGCGGCAAACCCAGAAGUGUUUACUUCCAGGUUCGCCACUAUGCGCAAGAGCGAUAUGUGCGCUUUGUGCAUGCGCAGGAGCGAUCUUUCGUGUCACAUGCAGAAGCGGCGCUCCACUUACAGACUUUUUGGGGUGCGAACGGCACCCCAGAACGGCUCGCAUCCGUAAGUAGAGGUACCACUGUACAUUAUCCCUAAAGUCACAGCUUGUUGAGGGUGCUGAGAGUUCCUAGGAAACCCCCAUUCCCCCUCACAGAACCACAUUUCCCAUAGUUCCCUGGGAGGAGGGAUUGGCUGUUAAGCCCCUCUGAGAAUUGCAGUUAUGUGAGGGGACUCGGGGUCUCCUAGCCACUCUCAGCACCCUUAACAAACUACACAUCCCAGGAUUCCUUGAGGCAAGCCAUGACUGUUAAAGUGCAGAUGCAGCAUUAGACAAAGCAAAGCUGAGGAGUUUAGCAAGUUGACUUAUGCUAGACUUAUUUGUCCAUCUGGCCCAAUAUCAACUAUUUUGACUGGUAACAGCCCUCCAUGAUUUCACUCUGGUAAUGGAUCCUUUAAACUGAACCUGCCAGGGAUUGAACCUGGGAUUUUCUGUAUGUAAAUUAUCCAUAGGCCUUCACCUUAGCAAAUGGCGACACAGCCUCUCUGCUUAUCCCUCAGCUCCCUGUCAGUGUCCCAGCUCUUCUAUUACUUUCCUGAUUUCUCUGCUUUCUCUCUCUGGAACACUCUGUUUUCUUCAGGAGAGACUGAGUAUCACCAAUGAAUUUUAGCUCUUUAAUAUCCUUGCUACAGUUUUACCUGUUGGUUCCAGUUUAAGCUGUUGUGUUCAUAUGGACACAAAUGUGAGUUUUGCAUUAAGUAUAAUAACAGGGGUCUUUUUAGAGGGACCUUAUUUCUAUCUAUUUUAAGAAAUUGGCAUUUCUAAUUUCAUGUUUUUUAGAGUAUUGAAAAUCUGUGUACUUUGUUUCAUAAACUAUUGUCAUCAGUAUAUUUUCCUUCUUUCUUUGCUAGCAUGGAGGAGUCUAUGUGAAACGAAGUGCCAAAUUUAAUGAAAGGAAAAUGAGGAACAAGUUGCAAGCCCAGAUAAAGGCUGGAACUCCAGUAAGAUUAUAUAUUUCCCGUGUGUGUGUGUGUUUGUGUGUGUGUGUUCUAACUGCCAUGAGAAUGAAAGUGACAAGAAUGCUUGUCUCAUAUGUUGCCCCAGAUGCAUGGGUCACCUUUCUUCCCUCUGCUGAACAGAUGAGUGGCUGGAUUAGGAUGUUUGUUUGUUUGUCUGUUGGUUGGUUGGUUUAUACACCAUGUGCAUGCCAAAAUGGCUUCCAGCAUGGAGCAGUCUUAGGUUUGGCUUACACACUUCCUUUUUCUGUGAACGGAUGUCUUCCACAUGGUUAGUAGAUAGCUACUGUACCCUCCCAGAAAACUCUUGGUGUCAGAAUAUAAAACCUAUUUCUGCAGUAUCAACUUUCUCUGAAUUAGGACUGGUGGUUGUUGCUGUUUUUGCAAAUUAAAUAAUGCUGCUAUUGCUCAGCUAAUAUGAAGUUUCAUAUAGGCUAAAAAAGGAGGUGAUUGCUGUCAUAACUCCCAAUAGAGUGUCAUGUGGAUGCUCAGUCUUACAGCUUAUCUGGAACCCUGUAACCGAGUGUUCAUCAUACCCACCAAAGCAUCAGUUUUUGCAUGUUGGAAUCAGGAAGAAAUCAGCAGCAUUCCUUCCUUCCUUCCUUGUCAGCUGAGUGUCAUACAAAGGAUAGCAUGUUCUCUUUGCUUGCCAAUACCUAUAGCUGUCACACACCAAACAAGGUUUGCUAGCCAGGGCUGUUAGGUUAAUUUGUUCUAGUUGAGAAGGCAGCUUGUAUUUCUUGGCCUUUGUAUUAUUUAAAGUUGCAGUACAUUCAGUUGCAGCUGGUUAGGGAUCUCUGGACAGGAUAUAAAGAGAGAGAGAUUUGCUCACUAAACUGUGUUGGUUUACUUUCUCCGACUUGAACCAUUUAGAUAUGUUCUUACACACAAUUUUUGUUGCUUCUGCUGCUUAUGUUCCUCUGUUAAUUUUUCCUUGAAAAUUCGGAUUCCUUGAAUAUCAAGAUUGCUCAUCUUAACUGAAAAUGACUGUUAUUGCGUAUCUUUACAUGUCCUCUGUGUUUUAUUCAACCCUCUUGUCCCCUCCCUAUUGAGCACACACAUACUGUACACACAUACUGUAGCCUAGAGAUCAUGUUGUGAUGCUUCCUUUUUAAAAAAAUUGUGCAUAUAAAUGUUUUUUAAUUCCACAGAUGUAUCUUGUGAUUUUUCCAGAGGGAACACGGUACAACCCAGAACUACCAAAAACCAUUGCAGAUAGUCAAUCAUAUGCUGAUAAGGCAGGUAAGGUGAACUUCAAAGAAUUUUGGGAAGCAGGGAACUUCGAACAGAUAACAUUCACUGUUGCGUAGACACAGCCCUACGGUUUAAGGAUAACCAAGGAGAAAGGGACAUUAGUUGAAAAAGAGUGAGGCUUGACCAUAGGUGGGUGCUGAAUAUACACAUAAAAGUGUGUGGUCUUAGUGUUUGUUCCUUUUCAUUGGUACUGCAGGUAGCACUAAUGUUUAAAGUAUAGUCAAACAAGGAAACUUCACAAGGGGUAUGUCCUUUGAGAGAUUCAUUGCAAGCAAACUGUGCUUGCUUGCAAUAAAUAUUGUGCCCACGCGAUUCCUCUGGCAUGAGCUUUGCAGAGUACGCAAUGUCAUUGGAAGCCGAUUGAAGUCUGAACGCUGUCUGUCCUUUUGGACAAUGAAGGAAAGAACACCUUGAAAGCUACAACUGGUGUUUAUUGUAGUCAACAGUAAUAAACACAUAGAUUACUAUAUACAGUGGUACCUCUGGUUACGUACAGUGGUGCCUCGCAAGACGAAAUUAAUCCGUUCCGCGAGUCUCUUCGUCUUGCGGUUUUUUCGUCUUGCGAAGCACGGCUCUUAGCGGCUCUUAGCGGGUCUUAGUGGCUUAGCGGCUAUUAACAGCUUAGCGGCUUUAAAAAAAGGAAACAAACUCGCAAGAACUCGCAAGACAUUUCAACUUGCGAAGCAAGUCCAUAGGGAAAUUCGUCUUGUGGAACGACUCAAAAAACGGAAAACUCUUUCGUCUAGCGAGUUUUUCGUCUUGCGAGGCAUUCGUCUUGCGGGGCACCACUGUACUUAAUUCGUUCCGGAGGUCCGUUCUUAACCUGAAACUUUUCUUAACCUGAAGCACCACUUUAGCUAAUGGGGUCUCCUGCUGCUGCCGCACCAGAGCAUGAUUUCUGUUCUCAUCCUGAAGCAAAGUUCUUAACCUGAGGUACUAUUUCUGGGUUAGCGGAGUAUGUAACCUGAAGCGUAUGUAACCUGACGUACCACUGUACAGAUACAGAGUAUUAACAGCAUGUACACUCUCUCAGCAAACUGCCAUUAACCAAUCCCUCACACUAUAACCACCACAGACAGAGAGACUCUCUCAGAACGCAGGCAUAUACAUAUAGCUGCUCUGUUACAGUAUAACACUGAUUGGCUGAGCGCUCUGCCAAGAAUAUCUCACAUGUCCGUGUGCACACAUAUAUAUUUGAGUCAGUAUUUUAAAAAUGACAACUAAUCCAAAGGACAGGAUUCACCUAACAGGACCUUCCAGCAGAAGCCCUGUGCAAGGACUUCCCCUUGUGGAACAGGGCUUCCCCCGCUGCACCCCCUGAAAUUUGCUCAUGAGGAGACUUUUUCCACCUCGCAAGCUAAAGUUCUUACACAGAUGAAACAUUUAUCAUAGCGCAACAUUGAAUUACACCCAAAGAACUUAGAGUAAGCAUUUUAAAAUGCAAUUUGCCAGGCAUUUUUGGGUGACCAUGCUCCUUUUUUAGAAGCUUUAAUACACUGAAUAUUUCCACGCUUCUGAAUAUUGUUAACAGUUUUCAAUGCUUUCGUUGAGAUUCCUGCAUUGCAAAGGGUUAGAAUCCCUUCCAGUUCUGCAACUCUGUGAUAUAUUAAUAUUAUUAUUUGCUGCGCUUAAUUAGUCACUUACUUAAUGAAAAGUAAACUCAGAUGAAUAUAAACUGGACCAGGCUUUCCUGUAACAAAUUCAUGCACUUUGGUAGUUCAGAAAACAAGGUUCAACUUUCCAGGCAACAAACCUGCUACUUGACGUCUUUGUACUCUGAGUACAUAAAGGUUUAGCUGCAAGUUCUGAUAACCAUGUAUCGGUUUCAAGAAUCACCAUCUAGUUGGCAAGGCAAGAGGCCAGGCUCUCUUAUCUUUUUAAUUUUUCUGCAGUUGUAACAUUCAGCCUAACAGUACAAGCUUUGUACUACAGAGCUUCAUUUCUCUUCACUUAGAAUAUAUUUUCAAGUGGAAAGAAAUUGGAGCAACAGUGCCUGGUUAUCGGACUUCCUUUCCUAGUCUAAACACAAUAAAGCAUUCAGAAACUUUUAAUUGCUACAGAAUUACUGCUGCUAGCGUUUUGGCUGGGUUUAGGCUUUGAGAACAUACUAAACCAUUUUUUUGUCCUGCAUUGAAUGCUAAUUGGCUUCCGGACUCAAAUCAAGGUGCUAAUUUGACUUUUUAAAGCCAACUGCAUUGCGACUGGAUACCUUGGGUGUCUCAUUUUUCUGCUUUGUUUCGUCUUGAACACACUGUUCAGGAUCUGAGUUCUUGCCGCAGGUUCCACUAGCCUUGUUUUAAUGAUAUGUACUACGUUAAUGACUGGCACUUGUUUGAAUUUGUUCUCUUCUUAUGUUUUACUAUUACGUGUUCUUAUGUGAGCCACCUUGAAUCCACCUUGUGGGAAAGAACCAUUUUUAAUACAUAGGCAAAUCUGGUGGUUCACAAGGCUACAUCACAGACGAAAUAACAUUAGGAAUAAAUAUGAAUAUCAAGGUAAAACUUAUUCAAACAGAAGCAAAUAAACAACAGAAUGUUUUGAGAGCCUCCAUUUAGAACACCAAAAAUUAAAUGCUUAGUUCUCAACAACAUGUUUGGUAAUCUUGCCAGUUAUUAUGAAGGCACAGAGCUCUGUUAAAAUUCACAGACAGCUUUCUGGGUCAUGUGGUCAGCAUGACUAAACCGCUUCUGGCGCAAUGGGACACGGUGACAGAAACCAUAGCACACGGAAAUGCCGUUUACCUUCCUGCAACAGCAGUACCUAUUUAUCUACUUUCACUGGUGUGCUUUCGAACUGCUAGGUUGGCAGGAGCUGGGACAAAGCAACGGGAGCUCACCCCGUCGCGGGGAUUCGAACCGCCGACCUUCCGAUCGGCAAGCCCAAGAAGCUCAGUGGUUUAGGCCACAGCACCACUCGCGUCCCUUACAAGUAUUAUUUAGCAACAUGGCAAGAGUCAGUAUUUAGGCUUGGGGGGGGUGAUAUCUACUUGUUUCCACCCACCAAGCACCCUUCAGAGCAGACAUGGGGGUUGCAGGGGCAGGAGAGGAAAGGGAAUUCCUGUCAAACAAUUGGACAUGGGUUCCUAAAAUAAUAAGCAGAUGUUCAUGGUAGUCAGUGCUUACUGCCAAAUCAGGCUUGUAAUUUGACUAGCACUUUGUGACGCAUGUCCAGAACAGCAGUCCCAUUCUUGCAUCAUACAUCUGGAAGGCCACAAGGGAUUCAGAUAUGUAUGUGCUAAAGUUGCAAACCUGUUCUUUGCAAGUGAGGUACAUAUUUUUCCUUGGUUAUGCUGACCAUUCACCUUCCUAGCCAUUUUCACGUGUGGUUUUUUGUGUUAUUUUGUGGAUGUUUUAUCGAAAGCUUGGGGCAAUAUUAGCCGAACUGAAUGCUUGGUAAUAAAAACAAUUGCUGUCAUAACACUGCGUCCGGCACACAUGGGCUGGAACAACAUCUCAGCAACACAAACACCGUGGCACUUUUGAUACAAAAUUCACAUGCUAAAAAGCUGUGUUAGGUUUCAAAAUAUUUGCAUAGUCUUGUAUUGAAUAAGUAAACAUUUCUGGAAUGGCUGCGAUGGACCUGACAUCAGUGUUGUCCUUGGUUGUAACAAGUGUUGAAGGAAUACAGUUUGGUGGAAGCAGUAAAAAGAGAAAAAGAGAAAUAUUGUUUGCAGGAAAGUUGGUUAAGAGAUGCCGCACAUUCCUGUUGGUGUAGAAAAUGAACUGUCUUUUAACUACUCUGUAAAUGGAGGAUUUGAAGGCAACCCUCUUUUAUUCCAGUUGCUUUGUAUGUAGUAGAAUCAUUGGAGCACUGAGCUGUAACCUAAUAUAUCAUGCUCACAGUCAUGUUGUCAGAUUAUUAUUUUUUACACAAAAUAAGGGCAAGACUGAGACCUCCCUAUUAUUUUAAUAUUGAUUUUGGAUGGUGGCAUUUUGUUAACAGCAGGAUACUGGAAUUCCAGUUAAUGUUUCCAAAAAUAAAAUCAGGCUGUCUCUUCUUUAACUAAGGAACUUUUGUCUUGCUUUAGUUCACAUUUUUAAUUAUUUCGUUUUCCUCUUGUUGAACAGGUUUUAUUCCUCUCAGUUGCAUUAUGUUGUUUUAUGUUUCAAUGUUGUGCUAUAGUUCUAAACAUGUUAUGUAUUCUGCCAUGAACUCCAUUUUCCGAUGAAGAUGGCACCUCAUAAUUUUUUAAAGGAACGUGAUUGUGAGAUUCAUUGUAAGAUCCUUUUGUACAAGGACUUGCAACUUACCAAAAGUAAAUCUCUUUAUUAUAAAUGCAUAAUAGGAAUUUAGAGCUUUGUGUAUUUCCGCUGCAUAUUAAUAUGGUUUAAAUAAUCUGAGAGUAACAUAUGAACCAUAGUUUUGCUUGGAAGCAAAACUUAACAAAAUAGGGCAAAAUCUUUGAGGGCAUGUAACUUAAUUUAGGAUGAAAUGAGCCAACUGAUAUAUCAGUAAAGCCCACCCAACUAUCAGGACUCAUCUGGGUUUCUCCUUGAGCUACUCAAUUGAACCUGGUUACGGAAAACGGAUGGAAGCAGUUGAAUAGCCAAUGUCCACAGCAGCUCUCUUUGGACGUGAAAGUAGUUAUGGGUAAGGAUUAGGGCAAACCUUGACAUUAGGAAGCCCUAACUUGCAGGCUACAAUUUCUCUAGUGUUCCCCAUAGGCUGAAAGUUUAUAAAAGGCAGACUUCAAAUACUGGCCUCUUAAGACUUGAGGAAUACAUGAACAUAUUGUGCAAGCUGGGAAUACUGUUGUUUUCCCAUGGCUUUCCAGUGGGGGAAAAUAUUAAGGUCAUCGUUUCUAUCUAUGCAGUACGGUGUACCAUGGAUAUGUGUGAUUGACAGUCUUUGAUAUUCUUUCACCUAGAAUUCAAUUUGCUUAAGAUGCUUGCUCUUGAAAUUUGAUCUAAGCAGUGGCUUUCGUUUUGUUUUUCUAUGCGGGUUCUUUUGGUGCUUAGCUAGCGAUCCUUGAUGAGAUCAGUGGUGGCAGACGGGCUUCAAUGAAACAAUGACUUGUUUGCCACAACCAAUGUUUCCACCUUUGGUAUGCAGAACAGUGUUGGAUACAUUUGUGUGUGGAAUAAGUAAGACGCUGUGCGUCUUAGGAUGCUGUUGCUGAGGCCCAGCAGGCCUGGCCGCACCCUCCAUGAACUCUGUGUCUAACCUAGAACAUGUCCCAGAAUCCUCUGCAGUGCCCAGCAAUUCUGUGGCAAAUUGUGUUAGGGUUCCCGGGCAAACAGUUCCUUGAAGUAGAAAGUUUUCAAUACACUGGCCUUGUUCACGCAUAACUUGAAUCCAAGCCAUGAUUUAGUGUGAACGAGCAACUUCCAAGAAAGAGAUUGUGGUUACUUUGCCCCCCUUUUGGCCUGUCCCUGUUUGCUGCUCCUUUUGUCUUAAAAUAUUGUCUGGAUCUGAACUUGUGGUUGAGCUCUCUGAAACCAAAUAUGAGUUCCAAACUGUAGGGCAAAUCUUGGUUACAGCUUGUGGUUUGUCUUGGGAGGGCUAAACCAUGAGCCCAGCUUCAGACGAUGCAGUAAGCCAAACCAUGUCAUGUCCUAGAGCAGGGAUGGCCAACAGUUCGAUCGCGAUCUACUGGUAGAUCCCCGGGAGGUUUUGGUACAUCGCGGUCGAUCGCUGGUUCCCUUUCCUCAGUGGUGGUAAAAUAGAAUCGGGCCCCACCCCCUCACCCCAUCCUCCAUUGUUGCACGAUCUCCAGAACGGAAGACAGAGCUUUUGCAAUGAUGCUGAUUGUUUCCUUAGUGAUCUUUUGGUGAGCAACUUUCCUCCUAAGAAAGCUCAGCAACCUUUCCCUGAAUCCCUAAAAAAACAGAACUUUAUUCCCUAAAAAAAGCUCAGCAACACUUUGACCUGAACCCCUCCCCAAAAGGGGUAGAUCACUGCCAGUUUUUUAUUUUGUGAGUAGAUCGCUGUCUCUUAGGAGUUGGCCAUCCCUGUCCUAGAGCACAAUGACUGGAAGAAGAGCAAAGCUGCUGCAAAAUUGGCUUUGGGUGCCCACAUGAUUUGGCUUAAUGUUACGUGCGGACUGGACCCCUAAUUUAAUGUGACCUGCAGACUAGAGACAAACAGGAGUUAAUAUGUCACACUAUCAUCAUACUCUGGAGGCUUCAGUUCUCCAGGAGAAAAAGCCACUUUUAAUACAUUUUCAGUAUACUUUUUCUCUUGCUUAGGACUUGCUGUAUUAAAACAUGUACUGACACCACGGGUGAAGGCUACUCAUGUUGCAAUUGAUUCGAUGAGAACCUACUUAGAUGCAGUUUAUGACAUUACGGUAGCAUAUGAAGGUACUGUGGACCAGAAAGGACAAAGGAAAGUGGCUCCAUCCAUGACAGGUGAGUUGGUGAUGUUGAAUUAAUUUAAGCAAGAAUGGGGAGUCUGUUUUGGACAGCGGGUUGGACCGAAUUGUGGCCAACCCUCCACAAGCCAUAUUUGACAGGUGGGCGGGGCCUAGUAUACAGGGAUGUGAACAAAGCACUUGUGGAAGGUUUGGGCCAAUGAUGUAUCUCAACUCUUGCCCAUUAUAGUUUUUAAAAACCAGCCAGAAGAGGUUGAUUGGGUUGGUCUAGAAGUUAAAUGCUUCUGUGCCAGCUGCCUUAAAGGAGGCGGUGGUGUAAGCCCUCAAGAGGACAGUCCUGAGGUUUGUGACAACUACUGCCCAGUUGCUAAUAUCCCCUUCUUGGGCAAGCAAACUUGAGAUGGUUGUGACUGUUCACCUUCAUUCAGUGCUUGGGGGAAAACUGAUUACCAGGUGUCUGAAUCAUCUUCAUGAGAGGUUUUUUUAGCAGAGACUGGGUAGCAACAGAUUUCCUGCAAUCAGCAAGUGUGUGGCCUCUGAGGUUCUCUGACCAGGUAUUUUAAGUUCAUGUAGGCUUUUCUGCUCAUAAUUUUUAGCUGUCUCAAAAUGGGUUUUAUGAAGAUUUUGACUUAAUCUUUUGUUGUGAUUAUUCUCAUCCAUGGGGAUGAAGGACGGUCCAAAAUAUUUUUUAAUAUACUUCUUGUUCAGGAGACUGGUGGGAAGUCACACGCUCUCCCUGUUCUGAUGUUAAUUUUGGUACUUAAUGUCCAUCCCAUUAUUCCUGACUAGAAAGUAAUGUCGGGUCCAUUUACCUCAGACCUGGGGGACUUUGGCCCUCCAGGUCUUGUUGAAUUGCAGCUCCCAUUAGCAAACAUGGCCGGUGGUUGUUCAAGAACCUUUGAAGGGCCAGCGUUUCCCCACAUCUGAUUUAUCUGAACCUUACCCCCUUUUUCAUUGUGGGUGAUCGUGGGGUGAUUCGCAGCAUCUUUCAAUGUGGCAGUGAUAGCCAGGGUGACUGCAGCAUCUACCCUAACCUUGGGAGAUUAAACCCUCUUUAAAGGAUUGUGGAUAUCUGUCCCUAUCUCCUGGGUCACUUCUCUGUCUCAAAAUACUAAAAACUUUGAAAUCAUCCCUCUCUCCUAUUGCACUCUGCCUUUGGCAUACUUGCAAGAUCUGACUAGUGCUCAUUAAUUUUGGAAAACAGCCCUUCAAUCACUGUUUUGGAUUAAAACCUACAUGUCAACUCCUGGCCUGUGAUGAAAUCGGGUGCAGGGGCAACCAAUAUAUUUAAGAAUCUCACCUCUUUUGUCAAAACAAACGGGGGACGUAAGUGAUUUUGUGUGUACUCCUAGGCGGGAUUUUUCCUGUUUCAAAAAACGUAAUGCAUUUAAGCUAGUUUAUAUUUUAGUAUUAGUCUUUUAAUGUAUUACACAAAACAUAAACCCAUUUGACAAGACUCAAACUACUACUUGUCUCUGAGCCUGUAACCUUUUGGAUCGUUUUGUACUUUGCUUUCUUUUUAUCCUUCUUUGGAGAUAAUGGGUGAAGAACACUGUGUCACAUUACGAUUCAUUCCCAUUCCUCAGUACCAGUAGUAGAAACAUUGUAGUGCUAAUGGUUUUGGUGUUCUUGCCAUUUAAUCUAUCUGAAAUUAUCUUAGUUUUUCCUCCCGUUUCUCAUGAUUAUGGUACUUCUGCAAGCAAACACAGAUGCUCAUUGAUGUUUAGUUUCUACUCCUUUUAUUUCCUAUGACUGAAAGCCAUCCUAGAAAUAGUUCCUUUCAAGUUGGUUGCGCUUUUGUUCCCAUGAGAAUUUGCCUAACACAUUCUAAUCAGUUUCUGAUUCACAGCAAGAAAGUUGUCCCUAAUCAAAAGCUUGAGGGGUAAUGUAUGAUUCUUAAUUAUGUUGCUUCUUGCGGAGGGAGCAUUUUGCUUUAUUCGUCCUUCCAAGAAUAGCCUUUUGGCAACUUUGGAAGAAUUAAGCAACCCAUCAAAUGCUGGCAUUUCAAGCCAAUAUUCCUGAAGUUGGAUGUAAUUUGUACUUAAUGAAUUGUUGCAAUGGGGUUUGGUUUUUUUAGCUUAAUUACAUAAGCCUUUGGGGAGUUGAGCCGAUGUGAAAUUAAGGGUCAUGGGACUACGCAACCUUUAGUGGCUCUUAUGAUAGAAUCCAGCUGUUCCUCCGCAAAAACAGGAAUGCCAUAAAUUGUUCUUAUCCACUGGUAAGCCAAAGUAGUUACAGUGACAUUGUGUCUUUUGAAAAAAAAUGAAUUAGUCUUGCUAAGAUGAACUGCGUACAAUUAAAAUAGUUCCUUGGUCAACUGGAUAUAAUCAAGAGUUUCGUUCUCGCAACUGCAUUGACUAUUCAUUUUUUUAAAAUUAGAAUGGUAUUAAGGCUAAGGGUAACAUAGUAUGCAGAAGUGAGAGUGGCAGUUUCUCCCACAGUGGUUUCCACACUUUGGACGAAAAGCUGGAGGACUGCCAUGAGACAGUUUUGAUUUUAUGCUGCGCCUUCCUUUUUGCUUUAUCCCAUGAGUACAGCACUGACACGGUUGAAACGGCGACCCAAGGUAUAAUGCAUUUCAAGGAUUUGCAGGGCAAAUUGGCACUUGGAUGGCGAAGAGCUAAAUGAGAUUGCUUUGCAUUGCUUGCACCUGCCCAGGACCCUAAAAUAACCUCAGCUAGGGCAAAGGCAACAUGCAACUCUUGUAAUGAUAGAUGCUCCUGACCUACCAGUGUGUGGCAGAAGUAUGGAGAGGCACAUACCUCAAAUACUCGUGUGAGUUAAAAGGGAAGGAGUGCAGAAGUCCCCAGUGUCCACUUUUCUUCCAUGUUACAUUCUAAAUAAAAUCAGAAGGAUGCAAAUUAUUAUUUAUAUUGUUCCUGCAGAAUGGUAUUUUGUGAUUAAUGGACAUCCAAAACACACAAACCAUCAAUAAAAGUAAAACUAAGGUCAUGGUUUAAAAUCCUUUCAGCUGUGCCUAGUGCUCUUGGUAUCAGAAUUCACUUAACGAUACAUACUACAGUUCUCGUGUUCCGUUUUCUGCAUUCCUGAAUUUCAUUGCAACUUACAAGUCAUAUCUUGUUCCUGCUGGCUCUGAACUUUAACCCUGUGGAAUUAUUCGUGAUUCUCUCCUCCCUUCCCUGCCGCCCGAAAUACUACUUUAUACUGUGAUUCUCAAGAUCAAAUGGAUUUAGUAGCUUUCAUAUGUGCACCUGAAGUUGGGUUUUUAGUUUGUGUGUGUUGAUUUUCACAACUCCUAUACUGAACUGUAAACCAUUAGGCAUCUGGUUGGCCACUGUGGGAACAAAAUAUUGGACUUGAUGGGCCUUUGGCAUGAUCCAGAAGUGCUCUUCUUAUGUUCCUAACAGUUUCAUGUAUUUGUGCAAGUUUUAGAAGGUGGUGAUUUUGACUUCAAUAGCCAAAGAAAGAGAGAGAAUGUAUGUGUCCACUUCAGUGGCACUUAUGAAAGUAACACUCCUACCCUCUGUUUUUCUAGAUUGGAAAAGUAUUUUAAAAGGGAAAAAAUGCCGUAUUUUUUGCUCUGACUUUUUCCCUCCUAAAAAGUAAGGGGAAAUGUGUGUGCGUCUUAUGGAGCGAAUGCAGGCUGCGCAGCUAUCACAGAAGCCAGAACAGCAAGAAGGAUUGCUGCUUUCACUACAUAGUGAUCCCUCUUGCUGUUCUGGCUUCUGAGAUUCAGAAUAUUUUUUUUCUUGUUUUUCUCCUCCAAAAAACUGGGUGCGUCUUGUGAUCUGGUGCGUCUUAUAGAGCGAAAAAUACAGUACAUUUCAUACAUUAUUUAAGAUUUAAGUAGACAUUAAUGUCUCUGAACAUGGAUGGAAACAGUGGUGUUAUACUCUGCCUUGUGAGAGUACUUACCUUGAAAAGCAACCUAAAAAUUUUUUUUUAAAUAAAAAAAUAAAAUAAAAUGAAUUGUGAUCUUUUUACUCAAAGUUCCGACCUUGGAGUAAUUUUCAAAAGCCUGUUUCUUUUAAAGAAUGCCGAAUAACACUGCACAAUUACUGGACUUGGCUUUAAUUUUACUGAACGACAGUGGAGUUGCUGCUGAUGGGACAAGUGUAUUCAUGAUGCUCUUUUGGGUUUUGUAGACUUCCUUUGUAAGGAGUGUCCAAGAAUCCAUAUUUAUGUUGAUCGUAUUGCACUCAAAGAUAUUCCUGAAGAACAGAUGUAUAUGAGAAGAUGGCUUCACGAACGUUUUGAAAUCAAGGAUAAGUAAGUAAAUACAGUGAUGUGACACUGCUUCUGGAGCAGCAUUAAUACGGCUUGAAAGUUCCACAAAACUCAACAAAAUCUUAACUGGUUAUUGCAUACCAUCAGUGAAGGGUUGGAUCCAGAUUUUGCCUUCCAUGGUUGAAAAGGCACCUUCUGGAAAAGCUUCUGAUCCAGCAAAGGGGUGCUGCUGGUGGAGAAGGUAGAGACCUCUUUUGCCUGUUCAUCUAGCACCCCCUAUUACGCUCUUCUGAAAGGUUGGAGAACCUUCCGGAACAAGAAAGAGGUGGUGCUCUAUGCUACGGGAGGAGUAGAGAAAGUAGACUUUGCUUUCGUUCAGGGGGUAUUUCUACUGGUGGGAACAAAGUUUGGAUCCAAUCUAAAAUGUUUCCCACAGACCUUUUGCUUAUAUUUUAUAAAUGUGUGGAUGCCCACGAGUUAAUAUAGCCAAUGUGGACAAGGAGUUGGAUUUGGAUAUGGGAAGCAGAGCUUCAAAUCUUGGUUCCUAUAGUAAGCUUCUUAGUGGCUAUGAGUCUGCUCACCUUCUCUCAAGUUAAAUUUACUUCCAUGGGUGUUUCGGAGUAUAAAAUUCUCAAGCACCAAAAACUACAAAGCACAAUGUUUUUAGAGCAUACAUUUUAGGAUAGAGAUAAACUGUUGAAUUGGGACGCAGGUGGCACUGUGGGUUAAACCACAGAGCCUAGGGCUUGCCGAUCAGAAGGUCGGCGGUUUGAAUCCCCGCGACAGCGUGAGCUCCCGUUGCUCGGUCCCUGCUCCUGCCAACCUAGCAGUUUGAAAGCACGUCAAAGUGCAAGUAGAUAAAUAGGUACCGCUCCGGCAGGAAGGUAAACGGCGUUUCCGUGCGCUGCUCUGGUUCACCAGAAGCGGCUUAGUCAUGCUAGCCACAUGACCUGGAAGCUGUACGCCGGCUCCCUCGGCCAGUAAAGCGAGAUGAUCGCCGCAACCCCAGAGCUGGCCACGACUGGACCUAAUGGUCAGGGGUCCCUUUACCUUUACCUAAACUGAUAAAUAGUGAAUUAUCUUUGCUUGCUAUUCCAGGCUGGAUUUACAUGACCAUUUGCUACAUAGCCUACCUGGGCAAAGCCAGGCUGUUCUCCUCACUUGAGUCUAUUUUGCCCACUUGGGAGGAAAAAAGUGUCCAAUUCACAUAAUGAAGUUUGCCAGUCCAACAGCUGCCUCUGCCCAAUACUAUUUGCACAUGAUAACGUGUGUGACAUUUGUGUUCAUCACCAAACUGUGAUAAGCCUGUUACCUUUUUUUUUAUCCUUUCUUUGCUCCUAGGUUGCUAAUAGAAUUUUAUGAUGCAAAAGAUUCUAAAAGAAGGAACAAGUUCCCUGGGAAAUGUGUCCGUUCCAAACUCAGUCUCAAGAAAACUUUGCCAUCUUUGCUGUUUUUAAGUGGGCUGACUGUUAGUAUGCUGCUGACAGAAUCUGGACGGAAACUCUACGUGAAAACAUGGCUCUAUGGAACUUUGAUUGGCUGUCUGUGGGUCAGCGUUAAAGCGUAGGUUCUGCACCUACAACCAGUGACGUUAUUCUCCUGUCUUGCACAUCACAUCAAACUCUUUCCUGAAUUUAUAAAAUGUAAAUAAAGCCUUAUUAAUGGAACAUUGGAUGAAUUGAGACUUGUGACCUAAAUCUGCCAUGGUCAGUGUGGAGAACAUGUAUACGUAAUUAUGCUCCUGAUUUUUCCCCUCAGAAAAAGCAGCAGAGAGCCAGAAUUAUAAUGCAUUUUCCCUCUAUGGGUGGAUAUCUAUCUAUCUGCACAUGAUUUAAUAGAACAUGUGAUUCUAGAUAAACAGCUGAAGUGGACCUCUGAAUGUAUUUACUGAUAUUACUUUAGGUUUGUAUAUUUAUUCCUGACCCACGUUCUUUAGUUCACUAUGGAAAUUAUCACAGCUACAUCACAAACUAAAAACCAAAGCUAAUAUCUCCCAACACAUUUGUUUUCUAUUUUUUUUCCUUUUUAAAUUGAGUUCCUCAAAUUUACAAAGCAAUUGGUAGAACAUGAAAAGCUAUUUUUAAAGAAAAAAUAUAGGUAAAAACUCUUCAUGUGGAAAUUACUUUAACAUAUGCAUGAUUUAAUUAUAUAACUAGAUGGCUUAGUUUUUGUUUGCAACAUGUUUAGUUUUAUUCUCGAAAAGGCUUGUGUUCUUGAUUUAAAACACCCUGUGUUGGUGCAUAAAUGAUUUUAUAUAUACAAUAUGUUCAAUUAGUAAGUUGAUAAUUGAGGCUGUCUUGGUUGUAACCUACCUAGAUUCGCAAAGAGCAUAUUGGUACAUUUCAGCUACACAGUUUAAGUCAUAAUAUGUGUGCCAUAAACAGCAGUGCGCAUUCCAGUUUCCUGUUACCCCAGGAGCACUUCGCACAGGGUGUUUUGUCCACAAAGAAGAUGAUUGCUUUUAUCAGGAGCAACCAUAUAGUGUUACUUGUGAAUGUUCUGCUGUGAAUACACCAGCUGGGAAACAAAUGUCGGUAAAACAUUGACUUGUGUGAAGUGGUCCUGAGCUACAUGGAACCAAAUGAAUGUGCCUUGCCAUGAUUGAUGCUGCUGUGCAGCUUGGAGUAUAUUUUAUGGUAACAAGGAACAUCAAUGUGUUCUUGCCAAAAUGUAGACUAUGUGCCUUUUUAAUCUACUGAUCUUAAAUUUAACCUAAUAUUUCACAGCCUGAUCAUUUAACACUGUAAUUUUGGGGUAUUUCCAAAGCUUUUCACAGUUGGCGUGCACUUGAACUUGAAGUAUGCAGUUUUGCACUGUAGAAUAAUAGUGAGAGAUGCAUAUUCUAUUAGUAUUUAAUCCACUCACCAAUGUAUUUUGUAAGAACCAGUGGUUCUUGUUGCUAUUUGGUGAUAUAUUGGGAAAAUAUUUCCUGUUGUCAUGGGGCUAAUUAUUCUGUAUCAACUAAGGGAAGGGAUUCUAUUUCGUAUCUAUUAUUUUGUAAAAACAAAAAAUCAAGAUUCCACUAUCAAAAUGGAAAAAGAUUAGAGGCUAUUUUUAUCUUUCUGAGUUUUUUUCACAAGAAGUUUCUGUUGGCCUUGGAAUUGUUUAAGACCCAACAUGAACUAAAAUGCUUGCCUUAGAUUUUUAAAAUAUUAAAUGCGUUUAGCUUCAGCUAUGAUGAGU